CGCCUCUUACCCGUUCCAGGCCCUCCGGAAGUGGGGAGGAGCCCUGGCUAUGCAGUCUUCCUAGGACACCGGCCAGGGGAGCGAGGAGUCCAGCCUGGAACAGGAGAGGUGGUAAUGCUUCCAGGAAGCGGGGAAUGAGUGAAUGGGUCAGCGGGCAGGGAAAGGGUUGAGGGGUGCAGAUCCACUCAGCCUCCUGUUUGGAGAAGCGGAAACAACACUGGAGGCAAAGGCUUGGCCAGGCAGAGCUGGCCAGAAAAGCAUUCUUGCUCCCACUGUCUAUGCAUUGGGCUAUGCCACCCAGCUGAGGGCUCCCACCCUUCCAGGGCUAGGCUCGGUCUCCACCUGGGCUGGGCUGGGCUGCAGCCCUCCCCAGGCUGGCUCUGUUCCCCAUAACACCUCCUGUCCUGGGGCUUGGCCCCCAGGCCCUGGCUCAGGCGGGCAGCUGUCAGGGGCCAGAGCCCUGCCCUGACGGAUGAGUGCUGACGGCCGCUCUCCAUGUGCCCUCUUCCGCUGACACCCCAUCACACCGCUGCGGGGACCCCGGGAGACCUGGCCGCCUCUGCGCACCCCGGCGGCAGCCUGCAGGCAACGGGGGGCGGGGACGGUGCCAGGCGCCCCGCAUUCGUCUGCACACCUGCGCCUCCACUCCUGGCUCCUCCGCGACGCUGCUUUCCCUGGUGGUGCCACUGGUGUCACCGGCCACCGCUCUAUCCAGGAGUUAACGGCGCUGCGGAGAGAGCUGAGCAGGUCCUGGGCAAGCCAGGCUGCGGGUGUCGGAGGUCGCAGCGCCCCCCGGAGCCGGAGCCCGGCGCCGCGGCGCACGCGCGGCCGCUCCUGCCGCCAACUUCGGUGGGUGCGAGUCGGCGUCGGGGGGACGCAGUCGGUGGCGGAGGAUUCGGGGACUCGCUGUCAACGUCUAGGCUCCUUCCUUACACCCGGAUCGUCUGAACGAAGCAGCCCCGUCUCUGUAGGAAGAGGCUCGGGAGGGCUAGGCAGGAGGGAGUUGGGGGUCUCGGUCCUCAGCCUAGGAGAAGCCUGGUCAUCCCUUCUGCACCACACCCUGCGGGGUGCUCCCCAGGUCCCAAAGGGGCCAAUGGCAUGGGUGGUCAUGGUGCCGUGGCCUGUCUGCUAGCGGUCUGCCAUGUCCCGAGAGGUGGGAGGCUCAUGCCGCCUGGGCUCUGGGGCCCGGGCCCGGGCACGGAAGCCCAAGAAGCCACACUACAUCCCUCGGCCCUGGGGCAAGCCCUACAAUUACAAGUGCUUCCAGUGCCCGUUCACCUGCCUGGAGAAGUCGCACUUGUACAACCACAUGAAGUACAGCCUCUGCAAGGACUCCCUCUCGCUGCUGCUUGACUCUCCAGACUGGGCGUGCCGCAGGGCCCCAACCGCACCCCGGACCCCCGGGCCCACCACAGACUGUCCCUCUGGCCCCGCAGACCCUGGCAGGCACCCCCGAGGAGCUGAGCUUCCAGAUAAUCCCACUUCACCCGACCUCAUUGUCACUGACACUCUCUCCCAGCACUGCCGAGUUGGGGGCCCCAAGCCAGAGGCUGAGGGGUCCCCAGGUACGCCACCCCCUGUGGCCAAGGAUGCCCAGAAGGGUGCAAGCCUUGGUGGGCUCCUGGCUGAAUCAUGGAAGCCGAGGCCAGGCAGGGGCCCCAGGAGCUCAGUUACGGUGGACUCCGCUGCAGUGGGCCCUGAGAGCGGCAUCCCCUGCUACCCUCCGCCCGCUUCCAGCGAGUUCCCCGAGGCCCAGAGCCUCCAGCUAUCCCUGCUGGGAGUCAACUACCCUCUUGGCCCCAGCCUCUUCUCCUACCUGGGUCCCUCCCUGGCUGCCGCAGCCCAUAUGCCCUUCCUGGGCUCAGCCAGCCCCCUGCUUCCCCCAGCCUCUGCCUUCCCUGCCCUGCAGCCCCCCGAGCACCCCACCCCUAUUCCCCACCUGUACUACCCUCUGCUCCUGGAGCAUAGCCUGGGGCUGCAGUCAGGAAAGGCUGCCCCUGCCAAGCCCCCUGCCCCUCCCAAGGGACCCCCUGGAACUCUGGCCCCUGGGCUGCUGAAAGUGCCAGUACCUGGGCUGGUUGGGCCCUGGCUCUGUGGUGCCCCCAGGGACCCAGGGCAGGAGAGUGGGCUGGAGCUUGCUGCCCAGAGUGACCCCAAGAGGAAGCUGCCCCUGGGAAGCAGGCUGCAGCCCCCGAAGGCCCCCUCCAGAAUGGCCAACUUUGGUUCCCAGAGCAGCCUGCGGACUGGCCCUUCUGUGAUUCUCUGGCCUGAGGACAAGGAGCCAGGCGACCCCGAGACCCCGGGCCCUGUCUCCCCCCUGCCCCAGCAGCCAUCGGGCCCGAUGCUGGUGGUCCCUGGUCAUGUGUGCGAGGACCUGACACGCGCCCUCGGUGACUAUGCUAGGGUGGAGCAGCGCCUGGGGCAGUUGGCACCUGCCAGGGGCCUGGCUCCACGGCCUCUUCGGGAACAGCUGGGCAAGAUCCGCCGGGAGCUGCUCACCAUCCACCAGGUGCUAGAGCAGGCCGUGCGGCCCCCGGACGUGCCCCUUGACCUCUCUGUGAAACGGACGUCCUCCAAGUUACCCGAGGUGACCUCGGGAGCCUGGGGGCAAUCAGAGCUGGGUUCCAUACUGGUCCAGGGGGCCCCCGAACCCCCCAGAGUGCUGGGCCCCACGGCAGCUGAGCCUUUCUCUGGCCACACCACCAAGUGUGAGGCUGACUCCAGUGUCCCACCUCCGGGACUCCCCCUCCAAGCCCCAGAGGACCCUGUCAUUCCUGGCGGUAGCUGGGGCCCCCGUGGCAGGGCGGGGGGCUCCUGGCCCUCGGAGGCUGUCUCCGGCCUGCAGAGCUCCCCAGGCGCGGAGGUCUGACUGCAGCUCCUGCCACCACCUCUGUCGUGCCGGAGGUCCUCUCCCAACCCCAUGCCCACCCCCUGGCCCUCUACCUGCCUCAGACCCUGGGGUGAGGCCUGGAGCCUGCCCAGCAUGCCCAUGGACAGACCCCACCCACCAUGGCCGUGGCCUGUCUCUGGGGCCACACAGGGACAGCAGAGAACCAUGGUUUUUUAUUGAUCACAGUUACGGACAUUAAAAUAGAAACCACCUUCACACA